AUAUAAGGAGCAGCUCCUGCCUCUGCUGUACGCCUUCCACCCUUCUUCCCUUCUCUGGAGACUUGGGACCCAGGAAGAACCAUGAAGUGGCUGCUGCUGCUCAGCUUGGUGGCGCUCUCUGAGUGCCUUAUCUACAAGGUUCCGCUUGUCAAAAAGAAGUCCUUGAGGCAGAACCUGCGCGAGAAUGGCCUGCUGGCGGACUUCCUCAAGCAGCAUCCCCGCAACCCAGCCAGCAAGUACUUCCCCAGGGAGGCCGCCACCUUGGCAGCCACAGAGGGCCUGGAGAACUACAUGGAUGAGGAGUACUUCGGCACCAUCAGCAUCGGAACUCCCGCUCAGGAGUUCACCGUCAUCUUUGAUACCGGCUCCUCAAACCUGUGGGUGCCCUCGGUCUACUGCUCCAGUCUCGCCUGCUCCGACCACAACCGCUUCAACCCUGAGGAUUCCUCCACCUACGAGGCCACCAGUGAGUCGGUCUCCAUCACCUAUGGCACCGGCAGCAUGACAGGCGUCCUUGGAUACGACACUGUCAGGGUCGGAGGCAUCGAGGACACCAACCAGAUCUUCGGCCUGAGCGAGUCAGAGCCAAGCUCCUUCCUGUACUAUGCUCCCUUCGACGGCAUCCUGGGUCUCGCCUACCCCAGCAUCUCUGCCUCUGGGGCCACUCCCGUCUUUGACAACAUAUGGGACCAGGGUCUGGUUUCCCAAGACCUCUUCUCUGUCUACCUGAGCUCCGAUGACGAGAGUGGCAGCGUGGUGAUGUUCGGUGGCAUCGAUUCCUCUUACUAUUCUGGAAGCCUGCACUGGGUGCCUGUUUCUGAAGAGGCUUACUGGCAGAUCACUGUGGACAGCAUCACCAUGAAUGGAGAGUCCAUCGCUUGCAGUGGGGGCUGCCAGGCCAUUGUUGACACUGGCACCUCUCUGCUGGCUGGCCCACCCUCUGCCAUUGACAAUAUCCAGAGCUACAUUGGAGCCAGUGAGGACUCCUCUGGUGAGGGGGCGAUCAGCUGCUCAUCCAUCGACAGCCUGCCUGACAUCGUCUUCACCAUCAAUGGCAUUGAGUUUCCUCUGAGUCCCAGUGCCUACAUCCUAGAGGAGGAUGGAAGCUGCAUCAGUGGCUUCGAGGGCAUGGACCUCGACACCAGUAGCGGAGAGCUCUGGAUCCUGGGUGACGUCUUCAUCCGCCAGUACUUUACCGUCUUCGACAGAGCCAACAACCAGAUCGGCCUGGCUCCUGUGGCCUAAGCCUGAGUCUUUCCUGCCACUUUACUGGAAGAUCUGGCCUCAGUUAUCCCCUUCUAGAUGUGCAUGAUUCUCCUGAUUGUUCUUCCUGUGGGAUCAUGGAGGUGGGAUCUUGGCCCUGUUCCCUCUCAUACCAAUAACGUAGAAUAAAAGCACAAUCUUCUGAAACAUG